AUAAAAUUAGAAUCUCCGGUAUUUGGGAAGUAUAAAAGAAGUGUGUGAAGGCUUAAUCAGGGGAGUUCAGAGAAUCAUGAAGUUCUUCGUCUCGGCUUUGCUUUUGAUCGGUGCUGCAAGUGCAGCUAGAAAUGGAAUUGAUUUCAUUCAACCAGUGUCUACUGCUACAUUUCAAUGUAUUCAUAAGGCUGGAUAUUCUUUCGUAAUUCCAAGAGUCUUUACUUCUGUUGGAACUCUUGAUCAUACUGGAAUUCAAAACGUCAAGAAUGCUAGAGCAGCUGGCCUCACCGAUGUCGAUGGAUACAUCUUCCCAUGCUUGAGAUCUAACUGCCCAUCUGCUGCCAAUCAAGUUAAGGAAACUCUUGAUGCUUUGAAGAGUGCAGGAACUCAUGUCUCUACUCUCUGGCUUGACAUUGAACGUCUCGCUUGGCCAGCUAAUCACGCCAGUAACCGUGCAUUCAUCGAGGCAAUGGUCAGAGAAGCUCAAGCUUACAAGCAACAAGUUGGAAUCUACAGUAACUAUUACAAUUGGCAAGAUAUUGUUGGAUUGGAUUAUCAUGGACAAUCUAGUUUGAUGCUCUGGUGGGCAACCUAUGAUGGAAUUAAGGAUUUCUCAAAGUUCGCACCUUUCGGAGGAUGGAGCAGACCAACAAUUCAUCAAUGGGAAGGAACCACUACUGGCCCAUGUGGAGUCUCUGUUGAUAUGAACUAUGUUCCAUAAAUAGCUGACCAAAAUGUAUAAACAUGAAUAAACAAAUUUUUAUAUGUAAACCCAUACAUUUUCGCUA